CCAUGAUCUUAGGACUCUCAAUUGAUGUGACCUGGCUGCCUGGGUAAGAGACAAGCCUACCUGUUCUGUAUCCUGGAUGAAGUACAAGGUUACAUUACUCAGGUCGUGCUCAAAAGAAACCAGAAACCCGAACCUACUACCUAACCCAUCGUCACUCCAUGUUUUUAUACUAAUGCUGCCCCCUCUUCCACUACCUUCCGCAUAAUGAAUAUAUAAAGAUGCAGUUUGUGGGUCCAAAAUAAGUUAACUUGGCCUACAGAUCGGGUCAAGAUGAGGGCCCUAGGAAAAGUCUUGGUGUAGACCGGUUGUUGGAGUGUGCCCUACCGGUGUCGAUCUCUUGGUUAAUCCGGGGGAGGCAGUACAACAGAGUAACCAACACAAGUAACACGAAUUUUGAAAGUUAUAGGAUGCAGAGGAGGGGUCCUAGAGAUCGCUACAUCGGCUCACGAUUGGAGCAGACUCACCCCGGGCCGAUGCAUGGUGGUGGUUCACCCGAUGUAGUCUUCUUACCCAAGCGCCCUCAAAGUAGCCUUCCCAGGUUAUCGGGCCCGACAGACAUAUAUGUUAUGCUCGAAUGCAUAUAUAGAACCUAGCAGGCUGUCGUGAGGGUUUCUAUCCUCUCCUGCCUUUAGGACUCCCUUUCCGCUUUUGAAUUAAUUUACCUAAGCAGCGAAUGCGAUGAUACCCACACGACAUGGCUAGCUCAGCAGGUUGUGCUUCGAGCUAUUGCUCGCGAAUCUUUCUCACAUACGAGCCCUCUCUCGCUGGAAAUGCCAUCUUUCUCGCCGUAUUCGCCGUCUUAAUCCCCGUCACCUUCGCCCUGGGGAUUAAAUAUAAGAGUUCCAUUUUCGCUGCGACCCUAAACACUGGACUCGCAUUAGAAGUGGUGGGCUAUAUCGGUCGAGUUCUGUUGCACAGCAGCCCGAAUGAUCGAAGUUAUUUCAUCCUGUUCCUAAUUGGAACCGUCAUAGGCCCGACGUUUAUCUGCGCUGCGAUGUUCCUGGUCAUGCCGCAGAUAGUCACUGUCUACGGCGACGAAUUCCGUUCAUGGAGACCAGGCUGGUAUUCAUACCUAUUUUACGCCCUCUCAACUGUAUCGGUCGUACUCGAGCUAGUCGGAGGUAUUCUUUCAACGAUACGAGAUGAUUCGGGUGAUAUUGACACAGGUGUUCCUAUCCUGAUCGCUGGAUUAGCGAUUCAACUUUUCGCCCUAGCUAUCUUUAUUUUCCACGCGAUUUUGUUCGCAAUCGCUGUCCGCACGAGACACCAUGCAUUGGAUAUCAAGUUUGCUGGUAUAUACAACAGCGGAUCCUUCAAGAUCUUCUUGUUGGCAUUCUCAUUAGCAACUCUCCUACUAGUUGUGCGAACGGCAUACCGACUUGUUGUAGUCGCGGAGGGAUACGGCAGCUCGAUCGCGCAGUCCGAAAUACUAUUUCUGGUUCUCGACGGAUUGAUGGUCCUCCUCGCUAGCUUACUCCUGCUAGUAUUCUUCCCAGGACGUGUAUUGCCCGACUCGCAGCCUCAGACGAUGACGCGCAGGAUCUCCAAAACACCGCUUCGACCAAUUCGACCGGCCCCAUACGAAUCACCGUCAACUCACCAUAGUCCGACGUAUAAUCCGUCAAGCGUCAGGUCUUCGCAGCACAACUAUUCGCCCCGUAAAAUGCAGUAUCCGGUACAGCCGCCUCCGCAGGGGGGCAUGGUUGAUAGCGAUGCUUUGUGGUGAAUGGGACUUCGGUACAUUUGUGAAGGGAGGGAUUGAUGCUCGUGUGGGGAUCUUGGUCUUCAGGAAUUGAGGGUUAUAUGGAAAAGAAGGGUUACUAUGGUUUUCUAUUACAAGCUUAUGUGGGUAUUGGAAGCCUAGCUUCAAGGGCGCCACGGUGUCGUUCGCUUGAUAUUCCCCAGGAAGCUACGUUUUGCUUACGGAAAUUGGCGUUCAGGAUAUUUUACGUUUUGGCGAUUUGGUAUAUCGCGAGAUUGUCACACCAGAUUAAGCUGGUGUUUUCGAAUUAUUCAAAUAACUUAGCUACAUCACCAGAUUACUUUACCAAUGAGAUCUUUUAGGAUGAAUUUACAAGUGAAAC